UCACACAGUGCACAGUCAGCCACAGUCUCUGGUAGUCAGUCGUUGUGCGUAGUGCGAGUUGUUCUACUGUGUGUUCAGUUCUGUGCCUUAUUCUUAGUUGUUGGAAAAGUGCCUUCUAUUGUUGGAAACAGUUUUAUUAGUGGGAAUGUUCGGUACUUUAUGUCGUGAUACGUUUGGGAUUAUCGUGAAACGCACAAUUCCGUGAUGCCGGCAGGCGGCAGUGCUUCGGGUAGUGCGGGAGGCGGGGGCGGCGACGCGGGCGGAGGCGGUAGCCUGGUGGGGUCGCGGGGGCGGUCGUUGGGCAUGGCCGCCUUCCACCUGUUGCACCGGGAGGCGUCAUCAGCGGCGGCUGCCGCCUCUUCGUCCGCGUUCGUGCCGGUGGUGCCCAGCCGCCCCGUGCCGCCUCCGCUGCACCUCUACGGGGAGGCGGUUGACGGUCGCAGAAGCUACCACCAGCCGGGCGACGAGUUGGCCGCUAUGAUGGCUGACAAACGCAAGGAGCUGGCACUCCGCGAGGAAGCAGCUUGCGUUGCUGCCGCAGCCGCAGCCAUGCUCCUCCCUGGACCCCCACCCUCCUCCUACGGACCUUCCUCCCUGUUCCCUCCCGUCACUUCCCCGCCCGGGCCCUUCCCGUUUCCCGGAUCCGCUCCGUUCCCUCCCGGCGCCGGUCUGCACUCGCAUCUGGACCGGCGUCUCCUGAGAGCGCCGGGUCGCGCCUCCCGCCCCAAGAAGCAGUUCAUCUGCAAAUUCUGCAACCGGCAGUUCACCAAGUCGUACAACCUGCUGAUCCACGAACGCACGCACACCGACGAGCGACCCUACAGCUGCGACAUCUGUGGAAAGGCCUUCCGCCGACAGGACCAUCUUAGAGAUCACAGGUACAUCCAUUCAAAGGAGAAGCCGUUCAAAUGCGGAGAAUGCGGCAAGGGAUUCUGCCAAUCUCGGACGCUAGCAGUCCACAAGAUCCUUCACCUGGAGGAGUCACCGCACAAAUGUCCCGUCUGCAGUCGCAGCUUCAAUCAGCGAUCCAACCUGAAGACGCAUCUUCUCACACACACCGACCACAAGCCCUACGAAUGCAACAGUUGCGGCAAGGUGUUCCGUCGCAACUGCGACCUGCGUCGUCAUGCGUUGACGCACGCGGUCGGCGAUGUUCCGCCUGACGUGCUGUCGGAUUCGUCGCCGAUCGGCAACGCGCCGGAGAACCUGCACAUGUCGGGGACGUCACCCUCAGGGAGCAGGUCGUCCGAUGAGAACAACUCCAGGGCGGCUUCUUUGGAACGGAGUGAGCAUUCCGGGUUCCCGAACCCGUUCAGGAGGAGGUCACCCAGUCCAGGGUCUGUGCACUCGAGGGGUCGAUCCCUGACGCAUCGCUCCCCAAGUCGAACGACUCACUCCCCGUCACCUGUCUCCCUUUUCCGUAACCACCCGUCACCCCACAGACGCGAAACCUCCCCGCAACCCGGCCACAGUCGGCGACAGUCUCCCUCGCCGCUCCCUCUCUACCGCCGCCAAACCAUCUCCCCUGUGCCCAUCUUCAGACGUCAAUCUCAGUCUCCCAUUCCGAUGUUCAGGAGGCACUCUCCGUCCCCCGUCUCCAUGGUGCGACGACAGUCAUCCCCCAGUCGGGAACGGAAACGCUCUCCUUCGCCCUCAUCCAACCACAAGACACACUGUCACCACCAGGACGCCUCCACCAGCUCCUCCUAUACGAUGCGGCCCUCCAACCCUCCACAGAUCCAGGUCCGCAGGGACCUCCACGUGCCUUCGGCAACCGUAACCAGUGGCUCUCAUCUCAACCAGGAAGCAGCCGCUCUCGGUCUUGGUGUAUUCCGGCGCCGUCUGCCGGAACCUCCCGACAUUUUGCGAUCGUCCUCCCCUAGAAGAUUCUCUUCGACGCUGACGAUCACGAAAACAACUUUACCUCCGAAGCCUGCUACACCUCUCCAGUCGCCGUCAACUUCGCAGCAGUCCUCUGUUCCACCCCCUGUUGCCCCUCCCCCUGCAGUUCCUCCCGUCCAGCCCCCUCAACCCCCUCCUGUCAAAAAGCAAGGAUUCAGUAUAGAGGAGAUCAUGCGUCGUUAAUAACAAUACAAUCAUGUUCACGAAUUUCAUUCAUCAAGGAAUGAAUAAGAGCUUCCUUUAUAUAAUAUGUGAUUUUUUAGUGAGAAAAAAAUCAACAUUCAACGAGUAGAAUAAUUCAUCCUCAGACUCGUUUGGAUGCUCCCAUUUAUUAUGUACUAUUAGAGUGGAAAAACAGUGAGCAACUAUUUAUCGACCUUUUCUUCCCUCAUAUCCACAAUAUGAUGUGAUCCCAGUGAUUAUUGUGAUAGAUAGUGCAUCGGAUCUCAUAUAGCAUUUUAUUUCCUACCUGUGCUUGCAUCGUCCCUAUUUCCUCCUUGAUUGAGAUUUCAAAAGUGUAACAUCCAAAUACUUGUUUACUUGAUAACUUGAGUCAAUGAUCGUGUGUUCAUCAUUAAAUAUACUUCAUGUUCAUAAAUCAAUCAUUGUAGAUUUUGUGCAAUACAUGAGGAAGAACGAGAAUUCUCGAUUUCCAAAUUUGUUUAACUUUUAACAAUGUCUUCGAAAAUCAUCGGUAUUCUUGUGGACGAAAUGUUUGGAUGCAGUUUUCAAGUUCUGAACAAAAUUAAUUUUAUAAGCAUCAUUGGAGCCUGUUUAAUAUCAUUGUUGAUCUUGGUAUUAUAUUGAAUACGAUAAUGAUAGCUCACUGAGUUAUUAUAUAAGUUAUGAAACUGAAAACCUCACGUAAUUGUCUGACCACCUGAUAGUUCCUUAGCUUCUAAUUAUUUAUUAUGAAGAUAGCGCUAUCAUUAUUUAAAUAAUUUAAAACCUUGGUGCGAUCACCUAGUUGAGAGAACAGUACUCUAGUUUUAGUCAACUUUUAGAGCGGAUCUAUUUCUGACUGCAAUAUGAUCAACUUUUCAAGUGCUUUAAUCUUAAACUAAAAAGCUGGUCAGUGUUUCUUGAAUGGAUCUGAGAGUUUUGUGAGUGUUUAUAACUUGAGUGUAUUGUAGAUUUGUGCAGUUGUAUUUAUAAAGUUUGAUUGAUAUCUUUGAACUCUGAAUUUGUAAAGUCUAGUUGUAGAUGAUAUGUAAAUUGAGCAAUGUGGAACUCUAUUCUUGUAUUGGUCGUGAUUGAUGAGUGUAUGCUCUAAAUUACAAUCAAAUAGUAUUAAUAUUAUAAAUUUUCUAUGUAUACCAAUCAUAACUAUUAUCUGUUGGACCAUAUUAUAUAAUCCGUGUUGGAUUAUAUGGUGUUGGACCAUGGUCUUUAUUUUGGAAAAAAUGGAAGUUUUCUGAACAAACUCUAGUACUGCCAAAUCGUCAUGAUAAUUAAACAAUUCUCUAUCUGUAAAUCUAUGUUGGAUUGUCUUGUCUGAAACAUCAAUUUCAUAUUUCAUAUGUUCAUAGGCUCCCCUAAUUCACAAAUUGUAUUACUAUAGAUAAAUUGAUAUUCUGUUGUUCAAAUUGUUUUCAAUUAUUCGAAAGAUAAAAAUGUUCAUGUAAGCAGAUGAAUAAGCACAAAGACAAGUGUCUUGUAAGGCAUACUAUAGAGCUCAGAUUUUAUCUCAGACGGAACUGAAGUAUUCCUGUGGUGAGGUUACUGCUCCUAGGCCGAAUGAAUAGGCCUUUGUUAUGUUAACCAUUAGAAGAAAGAAGCAUUACAUGAAUAAGAUAGAAAUUUCUCCAGUCUCAAAACCUAACAGAGUCUAAUGUAACCGAAGAAUGAAAUAGGGCCGUAUGAUGAAUGUGAAUGUUGGAGUCAGACAAGGAGAAAGAUAUGAGAUUAAUCAGGGUGAAAAAACUUCAACGCUCAUUUGUUAAUUAAAUCACAACUAACAAACACUUGCGAAUAUUCUAGAAUAUGGGAGUAAU